CCAGCAGGCUCCCUCAUUGUGCUCACAUGCACCUCUGUCACACACUUCCUGUUUGCGCUGUUUGUGAGCCGCAGUGUGCUGUGUGUGAAGAGCAGAAGUCAGUGAGAGAGCUCCAGGAGAGACAGCAGUUUUAAGUGUGUGCUGCUUUUGUGUCAUUGAGCUGCUCUGCCGUGUCCAGGAUGUGGGUUUACCUGUGAAACCGUGCAGUGCGUGGUGGAUGAAUGGCAGCCGCACUGAGCUGGAGACACACUGCUUUGGACUCGCUGGAUUCACUCGACAUGAACACCGACACUGGAAUUGAUGCUGGACAUUAAACUGCAGAUCCUGAGCGCUGAAGAUGCAGCACACGUCGUGCACAGAGGACAGGAUCCAGCACGCUCUGGACCGAUGUCUGGACGGGCUGAGGCAGAGUCCCACGGCUGCUCAACACUGGAACGUGCUGAUGUGCUCGGCAGGUCAGUCCAUGAACCGCUGGAGCCUGGAGGAGAUGGUGAAGAGGGACCCUGAGAACUUCCUCAUCCUCUUAAAGCAGAUCAUCAGGAAGACCAAAGAGGCUCAGGAGCAGUGUCAGUAUGAACUGGUGGCUCCCCUUGCGAUCAUGUUCUCCUCCACCCUGCUACAGACGCCGUUCUGUCCUCCAGACACAGAGCUCCUGGAGAAGGCUGUCGCUGUGUUCCGCUGCUUCCUCACCUGGCCCGAGCCAUACAGCAGCGUGUGCAGAAACCUCCUCCACACUCUGCAGCUGGAGAUCAAGGCUCCAGGGAUUUCCUUUCUGAGGCUGGUGAGGGAAGAACAGGGCCUCAUCACCUCCAGCCAGUCGUCCAAGACCAUGACUGUGCUGCUAAUGAACCCGGGCGAGGUGCCCCCUGACUUUCUCUCAGUGGCUGAGCAGCUCAGCAGCGUCCGGCACUCGGAGAAGGAGACCUACAUCACCCUGAUCAAACGCGCCUACCAGUCCACACUGGGCACCAAGUACCCGCUCCACAGUAUCCACCAAGUCCUGCAGGACAAAAAUGUGAACGAACUGGAGGAGAUCUUCUCUGUGGUAAGUGAUCUCUUAGAGACGGCCGCUUCCAUGAGUGACCCUCAGAAGGGCCGCAGUCAUGUCAUCCAGGGACUCGAGCAACUGAGGGAGAGGAUGAGAAUCCCAGCGUCCAAUGGAAGGAAGUCUGAUGGAAUGCUGCAGACUCUACCUCUGCCGACAGCCAAGUGUUACAUGUUUCACUGGGAAAAUGAUAAUUUUGAUGUUCUCAACACCCUUUUGGAGAAUGACCCCGACGACCUGUCCUCCGACGGGCAUGCUGAGGAGGAGGAGGAAGAGGAGGUAGACAGUGACGACGACGAGGAGGGGGAUGUGAUAGGGAUCGGUUUACGAGAAGAGGACGAACAAGACAAGGAAGAGGAGUUGCAUGACGUCGAACUGCCUUUAAUCUCCACCCAUCGUGCCUCCACCUUCUCCACCAUCUCCUCUCUGUCCACCGCCUCCAAAGACUCCAUGUUCUCCACCUUGUCCAUAACCUCGGGGUCAUACGCUCCAUCGCUCUACUCUGUGACUUCUGGAGUGGAUAGUGACUUCUUUGACGAUUUCGACGAGUCUCCCGUCUCAGAAAAAUGUUCCCCAAAGUCUAAUAAUAGAGCUUCUGCUCGGCUCAGCCAGCACUUUUACCGGCUAUUCGCCAAACCCAAAGUGUCCCGGUCGCUGACCCGGGCCAAAAGUUUAGGAAACACAGAAUCAAAGGACCUUUCGUUGGUGCGAGACAGGCGCUCAAACUCCCUCCCGCAGCAGGUCAAGUUAAGAAGUCCUGAGCCCCUGCAGCAGCCUCACAGUCAGACUCUCAGACAUGUGUGUUUUCGGAGGAGGCCAAUUCUCAGCAGCGACGAGGACGUCAAGAACACCACGCUGAGGGUGGUGGUGUUCGGCGCCGAUCACGUCGUGGGGAAGGUCGCCCGGGCCUACAACAGCCUGAGGAGGAAGGAGAGUGAGUGUCCUCGCCUCAACAAGGCCUUCAAGCUUCGGUUCUACUUCGUGCCUGUGAAGAGGGACUCUGCAGCAGCAGGGCCGGGGAGUCUGAGGUCUCCUAGUCCUGUGGUCUACUCUGGAAGCCCAAGAAGAGCGAGCCUGACUAACCAGGAUCUACCACUUUCGAGCGCAGGGGACAGUACUAAUGACAUCGCCAACCUCCUCGGUAUGUUGGACCCUUGGUACGAGAGAAACACCCUCAGCCUGCUUAACUUGCCUGCCAACGUCGUCUGCCAGCAAACCUCAAAGACAGAGUCGGAGUCGUACGAUAGUUCGUAUGAGCAGCGUUUGCCCAUCCUGGCCGACUUGGUCUUGUACUAUUGCCGCAACGCCACCAGGCCGGCUCUGAUCCAGCUGUAUCAAGCUGAGUUGACGUUAGCUGGCGGAGAGAAGAGGACCGAGGUGUUCGUCCACUCACUGGAGCUGGGUCACACUGCAGGAACACGAGCCAUCAAGGCCAUGGGCGCUGCCAGUAAGCGCUUUGGCAUCGAUGGAGACCGAGAAGCCGUGCCUCUUAUGUUAGAGGUGGUGUACAACAGGGUGGUGAUCAGUGGGAGGAGCCAGUGGAAAAAAGACACCAAAGUCUGUACUUCAGUUAACUUAACCAAAGCGUGCAAGAAUCCAGAAGAACUAGACUCAAAGAUGGAGUAUCUGCUGCUGACGACGACUGAAGUCCUGAAGAGACAGAGCGGAAAAAGCAAGAAGGGCUACAAUCAGCAGCUGAGUGUGACUGAGGUGAAGGUGGAUAAGGUGCAGAUCAGCGGCGCCGGAGACACGACCUUUGCGGUUUGUUUGGACCAGGAUGAGAAGAAAAUACUGCAAAGUGUCACCAGGUGUGACAUAUCGGUGUGCUAUAAACCCGACAGCUCCAGUGACUGGAAGUUAAGAGAGUCCCUGAGGUCAGCUCAAAUCCAGCCUCUGAACCCCACCUUCUGCUCCCUCCUCUGCCUGCCCAUCGUCACUUUCAGCGGGGCUCUUCCCUGAAAAACUGCUGACCACGAGCAUACGAUACCUCAAAUCUGUGAAAAAAAAAACAGACACGGCCUCCAGAGGGCGUCGGUCAAGUUCACA